CUGCUGCCAGUGGGCUGCCAGUGGGCUGCCAGUCUGCUGCCAGUGGGCUGCCAGUGGGCUGCCAGUCUGCUGUUAGUCUGCUGCCAGUGGGCUGCCAGUCUGCUGCCAGUGGGCUGCCAGUGGGCUGCCAGUGGGCUGCCAGUCCGCUGUCAGUCUGCUACCAGUCUGCUGCCAGUGGGCUGCCAGUCUGCUGCCAGUGGGCUGCCAGUCCGCUGUCAGUCUGCUGCCAGUCUGCUGCCAGUGGGCUGCCUAUGGGCUGCCAGUGGUGGAGUUGAACAGGACCCCCCAGAGGUCCUGAGGGUCUCCAUCCAGAUAUUGGUCAGCAGAACGAUGCAGAAGCAGACUGAGGCGGUGGAAAUGGUUCCCACCCUGUGGGCGGCUGCCCACCAGACCCCCCCCACCCCAGAAUGCUCCUCCUCUGAGCCUCUGACCUGU